CGCCUCCAAAUGCUUGUUUCCAUGGAUACGGGGCUCAUGUUUACUGACAGGGCUUUUUUCCACUUUAUUUCAUUUUUCCACUUUUAUGGCUGAUCGUCUUUUCAACCAUGGACAAAAAAAUGCACCUAGAAAUUGUAGGUUUAAUUAAAGAUCCUAGCUUUCAUGUUGCCAAAUGCAUUGCCGAGGGACUAAAGCAGAAGUUUCCUGAGGCAUUCUUGGAUCCAAAAAUUCAACCGCUAUUUGAAUUGGACUGGCACAACUACCUGUGUGACAAGAAAAGGAAGCUGCGUGGCGAAGUGUGGCAGUACUCCAGCAGCCUGAUGUGCUUUCUGAACGGUGUCCUCCUCGGCAACGAGAAAGAUCUCGCCAGCUGGGCCAAGAAUCAGUGGAGCUUCACUUUCACUCGGCCAGAGGCUUUCUACAUGGCUCUCACUGAGGACUACUAUGCCAAACACCUCCAGAAAACUGGGCAUCACUUUGUCUUCAUGGACGUUGUUAUAGCAGGCGAGGCACCAGGGAGGUUAUUGUUUGAGCUGUUCUCAGAUGUUUGUCCAAAGACGUCAAAGAACUUCGAGGCACUGUGCUCAGGUGAGCGAGGUCUGUCGCAGAGCGGCCUCCCACUUUGCUACAAGGGCUCUGUGUUUCAUCGUGUGGUGCCCAACGGCUGGGUGCAAGGUGGAGAUAUUUCCCCAGAAAGUAAAGGUAAUGGAGGGGAGUCAAUUUAUGGACUAACUUUUGAAGAUGAGAGCUUUGCUGUAGCCCACUACAAACGUGGCAUUCUAGGAAUGGCCAAUAAGGGUCCCCACAGCAAUGGAUCCCAAUUCUACAUCACCCUGCAGCCAACACCCUGGAUGGACAGGACCUACGUGGCCUUUGGUCAACUGGUGGAGGGUGUCGACGUCCUCAGGAGAUUAGAAGAGGCUCCAACUUGCAACGAAAGACCAAAAUAUGAAUGCAAAGUUACAGAUUGUGGAGUGUUUCAGUUUUAAUGUCUUUCCAAAUAUUUGUUCAAUGUGUUUUAUGUAAUAAAGUAAUCACAAUGUGCACGUAU